CGGAAGUCGCUUCCGGCGUGACAAUCCAACAUGGCGGCGCCCGGCGCUGUCGCCGUGGCCGAGCACGGAGCCGGUUCUGAAACAGCACAGAGCCCGGUAGAAGCGCCCGCCGGGGUCAGUAGGAGGCAGCAGUUCGGAAACCGCUUCCUGACGGACCCGAGCCAGGUGUUCCAGCACAACGCUUGGGACAAUGUGGAGUGGACGGAGGAGCGGGAAGCGGCCGCCAGGCGGAAGGUCCAGGAGAACAGUGAGCCCCUCCCUGCGGAGAAGCAAGAGGAUUACGAAGUGCGGGCCAACGAGUACUGGAACGACUUCUACAAGAUUCACAAGAACCGCUUCUUCAAAGAUCGUCACUGGCUCUUCACCGAGUUCCCAGAGCUCGCGCUGAACUGCAGGACCAAGGCUGGGGGCGAUACCCUGGAGGGAGGUGCGGGUCGGGACGGGGAAGGUCCUGCCUCAAGUCACACCGAUGUCUCGUCCCUCAACGGCUGCGACUUUCCUGGCUCGGAGUCAACGUACCGCGUCAUGGAGGUCGGCUGUGGUGUGGGGAAUACAGUGUUUCCCAUCCUGAAGACAAACAACGAUCCGGGACUUUUUGUGUACUGCUGCGAUUUCUCCAGCACGGCUGUAGAGCUCGUCGAGACCAACGAGGACUUCGAUCCUCAGCGCUGCUUUGCCUUCGUUCACGACCUCAGCGACCCAGAGGCUGAGUUUCCUGUGCCGAACGGCAGCCUCGACGUCAUCGUGCUCAUCUUUGUUCUCUCGGCCCUCCACCCCGACAGAAUGUACGUGUCCAUCAGCAGACUGGCUCGCCUGCUGAAGCCGGGGGGGAUGUUGCUGCUGAGGGACUACGGACGCUACGACAUGGCGCAGCUCCGUUUCAAGAAAGGAAGAUGUUUGUCAGAGAACUUCUACGUCCGAGGAGAUGGGACACGUGUCUACUUCUUCACUCAGGAUGAGCUGCACGAAUUGUUCACGCGCGCCGGGCUGGAGAAGGUGCAGAACCUGGUCGACCGGCGGCUGCAGGUUAACCGGGGAAAACAGCUGACUAUGCAUCGCGUCUGGAUCCAGUGCAAGUACCGCAAGGCCUCUGGAGCCGAUGGAGGAAGAUCUGCGGGUGAGGCCAGAAGCGGAUCGUAACCCCCCUGGUUACAGUGGAAAGAGCCGUGCGGACAGCGUCGGCGCGGAAGAUGAUGUGCAGGGGUGUACAGGGGACUUGUCGGUGAUGACCCGCGUGGCGCAGGAUUUCCUUUUAGCUUCACGUGUUCUUGCGUAUUUGUCUUCUUUUACAUGACUGGACCCGUUGGCCAUCUGUGCUGCCGCUAAGGUCAGCGGUGGCUGCGACGCGCUAUUUUAAAGCAACCACUUUAUACUGUACGAAUAAAGAAACGAAACAAAAA